CUCAUAAAGUUCUGAAAGCGACACCAAAUGUGUCCACUAUAUAAACUAACAAAUUCAAAAUCCACAGUUGAGAAGAUAGAACACUACAACUUUCGUUGGAGGCGAUGGCGCUUUCCUCUGCAUUUCGAGAAAGACUUGAACAAAUGGAACAUUCUAGAAAUGAACGUCUAAUUCUCCUCCAGGCAGAGAAAGAGCUUCAAGCAAACAAAUACCAGGUUUUGGAUUCGAAGCUGGCUCGUAUUCGUUCCAUGGAAAGAAGUUGCUUGUUGCUUGAUCAAAAAAUUGCAUCGCAAAACUUUAGGAUCUUUGCUCUCAGAGCUGAAAUCGAAAAUCUCGACGCCAAAUAUGAUUCUAGUUCUCGACAAUUGAAGGAUCUGAAAAGUGAGAUUGAGGAGCUUGAAGAGGUGGAGAAGGAGAGAGAUAAGUUUUACGAAUUGAAAAUUUCAGAAAUCAAUGAGUUUAGACAAAAUGUGGAGAGGUAUUCCAUGGAAACUCGAAAUCGAGUGCAAGAAUUGAGGAAUUGUGUAAAAGAGCUGAUGUCAACUUUUAUGGAACUUCAAGGGCACAAUGGUUAUAUGAGUGAUGCAGAGAUAGCUGAGGCAGAGAUGAAAAGAGCUGAACUGUUGGCUUUGAAAGAGAGCUUAACGAGAACUUUAGCUUCAAAUCGGCAAAGAAAAACAGAGUUGCAAAAGCAGGUUGAGAAUAUGUUGGUUGCCCAAAGUCAAGAGAGAUGCAAACCAUUUCAGUUUGGCAAAAGCAAUGGUGUUCGAUGGUAAGAUAGCAGGUCCAUGAGGUGAAACAAUGUUGCCGGAUGUAAUCGUUACCAUGAUUGAUCAGUUUUG